CGGUGAAUUGACAGCAAAUAAUAUGGGCGAUUACACUCACCAUUAGCAAUGGCCUCUGGCACCGUCCGAACCAAAAUGGUGAUUGAUCACCCAGCGCGCUAUCGCGCAAAAGACAUCACAGUGGAGUGAUUUAAACCUGCGCCAUAUAGCUUAUGGUACUUAAAAUAUCACGCGCUCUAACUGCGCUUAAUGUGAUUCGGCUGCUGACGUUCAUGCUCAAGAAACUGCUGCUGCAUAAGAGUACAUGUUUUCGUCAAACCUUCCCCAUAGUGCCGAUAAUUGUGCGGGAGCCUGGAGGGUGUUACGUGGGCUACGGCUUUCUGGUACGCUCCUUAUGCCACAACCUGCAUGUUUCUCUAUUUCUCACUAUCGUGCUCUGGCCCUCACUCGCUCCCUUGUCUCUCUUGCGCGCACUCCCCCUCUUUCGCUGGCGCUCCUAGACAUUCGUGAAUAGACGACAGACAAGCCGCUUCGAAAUCAAUACAGUACGAAGGAAACCGGAGCCGAGUUGUGGGUGCGCUCCUCUACGGCGAUCAUAUACCUGCAGUCUCGGGGAGAUUUGAGAUUAUGUGAUCAAGACCCGAAUCAAGUGGAACAGCGGAACAGAAGAAUUUCGCCAGUUGCCUCUGUCGUCAAGGUCCUGUGCGCAUAUUGGAGAUAAUGGAAGGACAGCAAAACCGUUAUCCGGCAGCAACAUACCUAAACUUUUCUGGAUGCAUGCGCAAUGUUUGAAACUUCACACUUGGAUUAGUUUGAGAAUUGAAACGUGUGUAUUUGGAGGAGGCACGUGCGGGACCACAGUGAGAGCCACCAUCUCGAAAUGGAGAACACUUGGAACGGUGGUGAUUCUUCCCAGGAGUGGCUGGCCUCCCAAAGCUUCUCCGAGGGCACAGUGACAACUCAUCCAGGAAGUCACAAAUGAUCCCAGAAGAUCAUCCAAAGAACUGCAGGCCUCAGCUAAGAUGAAGUCCGCGGGGGUUGGUGACGGAAGUCUCUUCACGGAGAGCUACUGCAACAUCUGCAAUGCCCAGCUGAUCUCUGAGUCCCAGCGUGUCGCCCACUACGAGAGCAAGAAACACGCCAAUAAAGUGCGUCUGUUCUACAUGCUGCACCCCGAGGAUGGGGGCCCGCCCUCCAAGAGGCUGAGACCUGACAACCCGGACAGCGAUGAGACCGAAGUGGACCGAAACAAGUGCUGUACCCUGUGCAACAUGUUCUUCACCUCCGCCAUCGUGGCACAGUCCCACUACCAGGGCAAAACGCAUGCCAAGAGGGUUCGGCUGGUCCUGGGGGAGCCACCGAGCAUGCCCCCUCCAACAGACUCCGCCCCCAGCAUGCCCCCGUCGGUGGACCCGCCCCCGCUGCUCCCCCCGUCGUGGCUGCCGGCCAACAACGGGGAGGCGGGGAAGUUCUGCUGUCUGUGCGGCGCCUGGUUCAACAAUCCCCUGAUGGCACAGCAGCACUACGAGGGGAAGAAGCACAAGAGGAACGCGGCGCGCGCGCGGCUCCUGGAGCAGCUGGCGGGCAGCCUGGACGCCACCGAGACCACAGGCCUACGCAGUAGCUACUCCUGUAGCGUGUGCAAUGUGAUUCUCAACUCCAUUGAGCAGUACCAUGCCCACCUCCAGGGAUCCAAGCAUCAAAACAAUUUAAAGCAGCACCAGAAGUGACGGCCCGUCGGAGAAACCAAGCGGAACAGCGGCGGGACCCGCGGCUCGUGCGACCCGGAGCACGUGCCGUCCGGCGCUUUCCAGGACUCGACGGGGGGGACUGGCAGCCUUUGCUUUCGCCGAGGGUCUGACAACUGUGCUUAAAAACCGACAAAAAAAAAAAAGACAACAAAACUGUCUUGGAGGUCGUCGAGGUGCUGGAAAUCAGUCAUCCUGCUGUCCCCUGUGACUGUGAACUUUAAGUGAUGUCAAUAAACGGUGAAGAAAAAAAAAGGAUGGUGUGAACCAUUAACAUCUGGCUGAAGCUCACACAGAAGCUCAAAAAUUCCUUGCGGGUUUCCAAGUCUCCUAGCCAAAACUAGGUCAGGUGGGAGGGGCAGUUGGUAGGUGGGAGGACUGCCCUAAAUACUUUUCUGUUCCCACCCAUGCCACCCCCCCCCCCAAACAAAAAACAAAACAUAAUAUGAUAUAAAACAUUCCAGUUUCCAGUUGGAUAUGCUAAUAGCGAUUAGCUAGAAAUGUGCCAUUUAUCUUCAGUACUACAGCCGAAUGUGGCUGGAACAUUGUGGCAUUACAUCAAGGUUUUUGUCUCCCUCUCUCUAAAAUACAAUUUUUGGAGCCGCAGCUGCGGUCAUGGAUCUGAAAUGUGCCAACCUUUCCUCUGACACUCAGCGCCUGCCCAGCGAAUCUUCGGUUUUGGCUCACCGUCACUGCGGGCAGCACCAAUGUGGGGGAGAGGGGUCUGAAUUGAUUGGAAACUUUGUGAGGUUCUUGAAACACCCCUCCUGGGCUCCUUGGCUUUUCAGGCGCUUAAAUUUAUGCUCGCUCUUUUAAUGGGCUUGUUCCCUGUGAUUGCACUGAGACCAUGCCAUCUCUCCCUCGAGAAGUCAUGUGACCUGUUGUGAAGCGUUCAUCUGGAAAAGACAAAGUUUUAACAUUAUGGCGUUGUUAAAAUAACAGUGCUGGUGCAUUUUUUGAAUGCAUUGUUAAAGAUGUGUACUUGUAUCCAGCUUAGUGCAGGGAUUCAUCAGUCUAGCUGAAAAACAAAACAAACCACUGAACUGUUAUCUGUGAACUGCAUAGUAUGGAACUAUUAAAGUACUGAUUUUGAUUUCAUGAUAUCAGUUUCUGGACGUGAGGGACAACAUAAUGACCGAGCCUGGUGCACAUGCAACAGUUUUCUUCAGCUAUUAAGGAGUGCAUGGGGGGUGGGGUUCAAGAAAAUGUCUCUGGAUCCUCAAGAUGACAUUAAUGACCAUCAUCUAUGUAUUAAUUAUAUAUUCCAGAUAGAACUUUAAUGAAAAAACAGGCUAAAUACACACUCAGGCAUACACAUAUUGUUUCACUUUAUAGAGUAAUAACAGGCAGUUCUCUGUGUUUAUAUUCUUGGUCUUGAACAGUGUGCAAACUUGUCAACUGAUUAGCUUGUUCCUCUUAGCUUCUCUGCAUUUGACUGUCUUUAAAAGGGUCUUUGGUUAUAUAUCUUAAAUGAAGGAAAGCAGUCUAUAAAAGCAGAAUAAUAUAUUACAGAGUAUUUUACUUAGAGAUCUCAGAGAAAUUGAUAUAUUUGUAAGGGGAAGAAUACGACAUGUAAACGGUACUGUAGAAGGUAGUUGGUUUGCUAGUAGCAAGGAAGUCAAGGCAGGUAGUGUAUGUGGGAGGGGGAUAUGGCAGCCUCAAAACACAGCAGAAAAGGUGGGGUUUGACUUCUCUGAGAUGGCUGGGGGAGUUACAGACUCGAGGGGCAGCUACUGAGAAACCAAGGCAGUGUUGCCUGGGAAACAGGUUGGUGCUAUUGGAUCGGAGGUUGAUGAGGGACUUGGUCAUUGUGUGGGUUUUCAACUUAGGUCCAAAUCAAAAAUGGUGAAGAUUU